UAACCAGUAAAUCCUCCCCAUCUUGGGGCACAUGAUGAGCUGUCACUGUGUAUUCCAUUGAUUUCAGUCACUACUUUCUCAAAGCUUAAAAGCCAUUGCACUUUCAUUUUCUUCUCACUUCUCAACAUUCACAUCCAUGGAGAUCUCCAAGCCACAUGCAGCACUGCUCUCUAGCCCCGGGACAGGCCACCUCAUCCCUGUCCUCGAGCUCGGAAACCGCCUUGUCACCCACCACAACUUCGCCGUCACAAUCUUUGUUGUGAGUUCCCACGCGUCCCCAGCAGAGGCCCAAGUCCUACAGUCCUCCAUGAGCCCCAAACUCUGCAACAUCAUCGAUCUCCCACCGGUUGACAUCUCCGGCCUAGUUGAUCCAAACGCUGCGGUUGUUACACAGAUCGCUGUAAUGAUGCGUGAGGUUCGGCCAAACCUCAGGUCCUCAAUCUCUUCCAUGAAGCUUAGACCAACUGUGCUCAUCGUGGACUUCUUCGGAACUGAGUCUUUGCCCAUAGCUGACGAGUUUGACAUGUUAAAGUACGUUUACUUUCCCUCAAAUGAAUGGUUCGUUGCUUUGACUAUAUAUGUUCCAUUCCUAGAUAAGGUAGUGGAAGGAGAGUAUGUUCACCAAAAAGAGCCACUGAAAAUCCCGGGUUGCAAGCCGAUUCGGCCUGAAGAAGUGGUUGACCCCAUGUUGGAAAGGACUAACCAGCAAUAUUUUGAGUACCUACGCAUAGGAUCUGAGACCCUAAUGAGUGAUGGGAUUUUGAUUAACACUUGGGAGGAUUUGCAGUCCACAACACUCACUGCACUCAGAGAUGAGAAAUUCUUAGGUGGGAUUGUUAAGGUGCCAGUUUAUCCUGUUGGUCCUAUAACAAGAGCAGUUUCAGGUUUAAAGAGUGAUUUGUUUGAUUGGUUAGACAAGCAGCCAAGUGAGUCGGUGAUUUACGUUUCAUUUGGAAGUGGUGGAUUACUUUCGUACGAGCAAAUGACCGAGGUGGCUUGGGGUUUGGAGCUAAGUCAGCAGAGAUUUGUUUGGGUGGUACGCCCACCUACCAUUGAAGCUGCAGACGCUGCUUUUUUCACUGCAGGGAAAGGAGGUGAUGACCCUUUAAGCUACUUGCCCGAUGGAUUCUUGAGACGAACUCAAAGUUUGGGACUUACGGUCCCUUUUUGGGCUCCGCAAGUUGAUGUGCUGAACCAUCCUUCCAUUGGGGGAUUCUUAUCACACUGUGGUUGGGGCUCCACUCUAGAGAGCAUCACCAAUGGAGUGCCAAUGAUCGCAUGGCCUCUUUAUGCAGAGCAGAAGAUGAACGCUACACUGCUCACAGAGGAGAUUGGUGUGGCAAUUCGCUCGAAGGUGUUGCCGUCAAAGAAAGUGGUGCAAAGGGAAGAGAUAGAGAAGAUGGCGAGAAUGAUUAUAGAAGAUAAUGAUGGGAAAAAUGGAAUCAGAGGUAGGGUCAAGGAGCUAAAACACAGCGCAGAGAAAGCUUUGUCUAAGGGUGGUUCCUCUGAUAAUGCAUUUUCGCAACUGGAAAAACAAUGUAAGAUGUGCAUGGAACGACAGAAGGCGACAGCUCAGUAAUUAAGCCCCAAGGCCCAUUGUUCUGCACAACUUAAAUUCUUCUAAGGGUUUUUUUUUUUUUUUUUUCUUGGGUUUCUGGAAUCAUGUGGAUCUACAGUACCGCUUUAUCUGUUUUAUCAGAUCUGUUUUAUCA